AUGAAGCAAUCAACAUCAAUUUUAUCGAAAAUUUCUUCACCAUUAAAAUUAUCAUUACAAAAUUUAAAACAAGUACGUUAUGAAUCCACAAAAAGUGAUACAAAAACAGCUGGUGGUCUCAAUUUUGAAUUGACUUCUGAACAAAAAGAAAUACAAUUAUUGGCACGAAAAUUUACUAAAGAAGAAAUCAUUCCAAAUGCUGCACAUUAUGAUAAAACAGGAGAGUAUCCAUGGCCAAUUGUUAAAAAAGCUCAUGCACUUGGACUUAUGAAUACACACAUUCCAACAGAAUAUGGUGGUUUGGGUCUUGGUAUUCUUGAAUCAUGUAUUGUUGCUGAAGAAUUAGCAUAUGGUUGCAGUGGAAUCGAAACAGCUAUUGAAGCUAAUGAACUUGGAAUGGCUCCAGUUAUUGCUGCCGGUAAUGAUGAACAAAAGAAACGAUUUCUAGGACGAAUGAUUGCUGAACCAUUGAUGUGUGGAUAUUGCGUAACAGAACCAGCUGCUGGUUCCGAUGUUGCUGGUAUAAAAACACGUGCAGAAAAAAAAGGUGAUGAAUAUAUUGUCAAUGGACAAAAAAUGUGGAUCACUAACGGAGGUGUAGCUAAUUGGUUUUUUCUUCUGGCUCGUACUAAUCCAGAUCCAAAAGCACCAGCUAGUAAAGCAUUUACUGCAUUUGCAAUUGAAGCUGAUAAUCCGGGUUUGAUACGAGGACGAAAAGAAUGGAAUAUGGGUCAACGAGCUUCUGAUACACGUGGUAUUACAUUUGAAGAUAUGCGUGUACCAGCAGCUAAUGUUCUCGGUAAAGAAGGUGAAGGUUUUAAGGUUGCAAUGGUAGUAUUUGAUCAAACACGACCACCUGUUGCGGCUGGUGCUCUUGGUCUUACUCGUCGUGCACUCGAUGAAGCAACACAAUAUUCAUUACAACGUAAAACUAUGGGCAAACUUAUUGCUGAACAUCAAGCUGUAGCAUUUAUGCUUGCUGAAAUGGCGAUUGGACUUGAAUCAGCUCGUUUAGUUACACAUUUAGCUGCUUGGCAAGUUGAUAGAGGUGAAAAAAAUACAUAUUUUGCAUCAAUUGCUAAAGCAUUAGCAGCUGAUGUUGCUAAUAAAGCUGCAACAGAUGCUGUACAAAUAUUUGGUGGAAAUGGAUUUAAUAGUGAAUAUCCUGUUGAAAAACUUAUGCGCGAUGCUAAAAUCUUUCAAAUUUAUGAAGGAACAGCACAAAUUCAACGUUUAAUUAUUUCUCGUGAAAUUCUUUCACGUGCUAAAUCAGAAAUUCGUUAA